UCAAUCGAAAACUGAAGAAAAACAAAGAAUUCCAUUAUACCAUCGUCAGCAACGGUGAAUCUGUGUCGAUUAUGUAUCGCAUGUCAAAGCAACACAAGCAACAGAUGCAGAAUGAUGAUAUUCUUCGAAAACAAUUCAUCGACGGAAAAUUUGCUUACGAACUGGGAAUCGAUCCAGGCAUGAAAACAUGGAAUGCCACAGUUCGUCGAAAUAUCGAAACAAAGAAAGAAGUCAACAUGAAAACGUCCAGUAAGAAGUACCAUUGGCUGGCAAAGCAGAAGACGCGCGAUGUAAAGGCAAAACGAUGGACGAAGCAGUUCACCCAAGAGGAGCAGGACGAUCGAAAUAAUCGACAAUUGUAUCAGCGAAUGCCAUCACCACUGGGCAUACUCUGGAUUGAUUACGUUCAUCAUCGUAUCAAAAUGCUCAAGAAAGGAAUGGCCGUGUAUACAACACCGAAAUACACGCUGUUGCAGUUUGACAAGUACGUCGAAUCGAAUCGAACCGUUGAUAAACUCACUGGGAAUUUGGUCAAUCAUAAAGCCGCAAUUAUUCACAUGGGAAAUGCAGAAAUAUCACCAAACUCGUGCAUUCGAAUCAAAAAGCAUGUGAGAGCUCCAGGUACGCGCAAACUACUCAAAGGCUUUCGAAAACGUCGCAAUUGUCGUGUGCGCAAAACAGAUGAGUGGGGUACAUCGCAGCAUUGUGCAAAGUGUGGGCGACGAUUUAAUCCAGCCACAAGGAGCCAUCGAUUCAAAGUGUGUGAAAAUUGUGGAGCGGAGCCCGAUUCAAUUUUCGCCGAAUAUUUACCAUCAAAAAUCGUAGCACAGCGCAGCAAACGGCAAUUGAGGUACAACAAAGAUGAAGUUGAACUUUAUUUGAUGCGAUUUUGGGCAGAAGGACUCAUGACUGAGCAAGAAUUCGAUAUUGCUGCUGAACGUUUACUGUCUAAGGUGGCCGUGUAUCCAAAAAAUUGGCAAGUAAACACAGUGAGUGGUAAAUUGGAAUAUGCUCAAGUCAAUGCUGAUGCACCGUAUGCAACUGUUCAACAGCCAUAUGCAGUCGAUGAUGAAAAUGAAUUGGAAAUCGAAGACAAGCAACUACUAAUGGCUGUACACAAGACAUCUUGGGAUCGUGAUAUCGUCGCCGCCAAAUGCAUUCUCAUCAAAGGACAUUGUGAGCUGUUUGGAUGGGAUAUUCCGGCAGGAUUAGACAGACGAUCACCGCGACAGCCAGCAGUUCAACCGAAUCAGCAGCCUUAAGCGUCACCAAUCACCAUUCGUACUCGAAAAUUAAUCAAAAAUUAAUAUUGUAAUUUGUUACAUUAACUGAGACUGACUGUUGUGUCUCAGCAUUUCGAGGAAGUACUUCUAGGUGUUUUUUUCUGUAAGUAUUCUUCACUAUGAGAUUGUAUUCAUAUAAUGGAGUGAUUGAUAUUCAUAUUCAGAGGCAACAAUCGUUUUUCGCUUCGGGAAGUGUUGAUAUAAAUCGCUUUGUUGUAUCGAUGCUACUAACCAGCAUAGAAUUUUGUCUACUUUCAAUUAAAAAAUACCAUUUUUCUAUUUACAGAUAUGGGAAA